AUGAUGACGGCCUUUCAAUGGGCUGCCAGGUUUUGUCGAACCGAACGACCCGGCUUCCUCUUCAUAGACGACGACUUCGGCUUCCAUCAGGAAAAUCUACGUCCUUUUCUCGGACGCCUGUCAGCAGGCUGGCGAGAGCGCAUGCGUGAGAUGCCCUGGCCCCGACUGGCACCAUAUAGUUAUGGUGAGUUGUACUUCCUGGGUUAUGAACGGGUGAAGAAGCUGGUCAUUACUACGCACUUUCCUCGCCCCAUCCCUAUUGACGACGUCUGGUUGUGUCUGAUUAUGUCGAAGUUGGGUCGGCGCUUCCAGUACCAACCUGGCAUUCGGCUACGCACCAGACUCAAUGGCAUUAGAAAGCGAGACAUUUUAAUGCCGAUGCCGGCUUUGUAUAAAAGACUUCAAGUAUAA